UGCCGCUUUAAGAUUCCCCACGCUGAUCAGAACAGUGCGAGAUCUUCGCAUCCAGCCAGACGAGGCGCGCACACACGCACACACGUGCACGCGCAUCCAGGACAGACGCCGGAAACUGAAAGAGAGAUCGAUUCAUCAUGCCUGUGGCCGACACUCGUACCGAGCCUGCUCUAUCGCAGAUAGAUGCUCUGAGUGACAGCACCAGCUCCGCCACUGCCAACGACCUCGACCUCAUCUUCCUCAAAGGCAUAAUGGAAAGUCCAGUGAACGCAGAGAGUCCGGAGGAACCUCGACUGGAGGCAGUGGGGGACAAAAACAUGGAGCUGCUGCAGGACAUCCUGAGGGACCUGAGUCCGAUCACUCAUCGCAGUAACACGGCUGCGGAGCUCUCCAACAUCCUGAACCAACCCCAUUUCCAGUCUCUCCUGGAGACUCAUGAUUCGGUGGCCUCUAAGACAUGUGAAACUCCCCCGCCAAGCCCACAGGCCUCUGUGGAACCGAACUUGCCCCCAGUCCCAGCUGACGCCGUGCGCAUGGUGGGCAUCCGCAAAGUGGCUGGAGAACAUCUGGGCGUGACAUUUCGGAUUGAGAACGGCGAGCUGGUGAUCGCUCGGAUCCUGCACGGCAGCAUGAUCGAUCAGCAGGGUCUCCUCCACGUAGGGGACAUCAUAAAGGAAGUGAACGGGAGGGAUGUCGGGGACGACCCACGCGUCCUCCAGGAGAUGCUGCAGGAGGCCAGUGGCAGCAUCGUGCUCAAAGUUCUCCCCAGCUACCAGGAACCACAGCCUCCCAGACAGGUCUUUGUGAAGUGCCAUUUUGAUUACGACCCGGCUGACGACAACCUGAUUCCCUGUAAGGAAGCCGGCCUGAAGUUCAGCAGCGGAGACGUCCUGCAGAUCGUCAAUCAGGAGGAUGUAAACUGGUGGCAGGCUCGAAGGGUUCAGGGAGGAAGCGCCGGACUCAUCCCGAGCCAGCUGCUAGAGGAGAAGAGGAAAGCUUUUGUAAAGCGAGAUGUGGAGCUCCCACCAGCAGGAACGCUGUGUAGCGGGAUUGGAGGCAAGAAGAAGAAGAAAAUGAUGUAUCUGACCACCAAAAAUGCAGAUUUCGACAUGCACGAGCUUAUGAUCUAUGAGGAAGUUGCCCGGGUUCCUCCGUUCAAAAGGAAAACUUUGGUUCUGAUCGGAGCUCAGGGAGUCGGACGGCGCAGUCUGAAGAAUAAGCUUCUGGUUUCUGAUCCCCAGCUGUUUGGAACUACAAUUCCAUACACUUCCAGGAAGCCUAAAGCAGGCGAACGAGAGAGCAGGAUGUACGCUUUUACGAGCCGAAGCAAAAUGGAUGCGGACAUUAAAGCAGGCCGUUACCUGGAGCAGGGCGAAUACGAUGGAAACUUGUACGGCACCAAGAUCGAUUCCAUCCACGAGGUAGCCGAGGCAGGACGCCUCUGUAUCCUGGACGUCCACCCACAGGCUCUGAAGAUCCUGAGGACAUCAGAGUUCCUGCCUUAUGUCGUUUUCAUCGAUGCUCCGGAAUUUGAAGUGCUCAGAUCCAUGAACAGAGCGGGAAUCGAGUUAGGAGUGGUCAGCAAAGAGCUAACGGAUGGUGAGCUGAACAGGAUACUGGACGAGAGCUGGAGGCUUAAGAGGGCAUAUGGACACUACUUUGACCUGACCAUUGUGAACGACAGCCUGGACGAGGCCUGCAGCACUCUUAAGGAUGCUUUAAAGAAGCUGAGUGGAGUUCCCCAGUGGGUUCCGGUUAGCUGGGUGUUUUAGGGGGAAAAAAACCCUCAUUCAUGAACCCUCAUUUUAUUUAGUGACUUACAUCAAACUUAUUUAUUUUUUAUUUAUUUUAAUGAUGGUAUACCUAAGUGAUAGCUUGUUUUGUAGUUUUUAGCUGCCCUUCUCGUACAUAUGUGGCUUUCCGAGCAUAAGGCUGUGUCUCAAAUCGCGUGUUUAAUAACAAACACAUGAGCCUGACGAACACGUACAAUAAUAUAACUGGGGUUAACAGCAGAUAUACUGUCGGUUUAACCAGUAGAACCAGUCAGUAUUCUAGUUUACUAUAGAGUCAGAAAGGGUGUGUGAUUUGAGACACGGCUCAUUACUGACUGAUAAAAGACACACGGACGAGAACAGUGUCUGAAAUUCUUGCACUAAUACAUCAGGGAAAAAGAAAUAACACAAAAACAAGAACAUGGUCCACUACCAAGUACCGCUUUAUUGUUUUUACUCCUUUCUAAUUUCUAAUAAAGGCGACACAAACUCCCUGUGGGGUGGAAGUGGAAAUGAAAGGCGAUGUGGAUAAAUGUUCAUAAAACAAUUUUAAAGCCAAAAACAUUUAAAACCCACGAUAUACAGAACAAUCAUACAAAGAUAUAGAUGAAAAUGUAUACAAACAUUUUGGAUUAAUAAACCUUAAAAAUAACUGAUAAAUUAGAGCAGAAAGGCCACAAUGCGGACAGGAUUUGCCUUUCAAGUGUCAGCAAAUCAGAUUAAAUGCAAAUUGGUGCAAAGCCAAUCAUAUUACUCUCUAAAUUGCAUUUUGUUUAAAAUACUACCUCUCAGGAGCUUAUAAAGAGCAUAAACCAUUUGUAUGACACCUCCUCAGGCUACGUCUAGACUAAUCCAGAUAAAUUUGAAAACGGCGUUUUCAUCAAAAAACGGUCCGCGUCCACAAUGUCAUUCUCAAAAGUUGCUCAUCUGCACUAAACGUCUGAAAAUGCUCAAGUCCCCAUACUGCGCAUGAGAAAAUAUACUACGCUUCAAACUGCCCGACGUUUAUUUACUUUCCGGCUCUCUGAAAUGUUGUGACAAAGUCUAAAAAUGCAUCAUCGUUUUCCAAAGCCUUAAAUUUCCCACUGCAACGGAAAACACCGUUUUCCAAUUUAUCCACGUUUUCAAAAAGCUACUUUUUCGUGGACUGAAAAUGGCGUCACAGAAGGGCAAAAUGGAGAAAAAACAAAAAAGCUUGAGACCUCCAGCUCCUCAGAUUUGCCCGGGAAAUCAUGAAAAGCAGAACGAUGUAGUUAAAGGCACCAUAAGCGACUUCUGGAUCAUGUGAUCGAAUCUGGCGCUUCUUAUUGGACGUCUGCUAAAUCAGAACUCGUGCACACGAGCAAUUAGCCUACACUUUUUUUGCGUGUGAAAAUGAAGUAAAAUAUCAAAGGGAAUAUAAAUUAUAUUUUACACAUAACGUAGACUUCCAAAAGCCAAGUAAUCAACUAGUCGGGCAGUGAUGUCACCACCGGCCACGCUGCUUCCGCCUGUAUUUUUUAUUUAUUUUUAUAUAUGUAUAAAAAAAAUAUUUGCAUAAUAUCCAGGACCAAAUAUAAUUUUUUUUUUUUACAAUUAAACCAGUUCUUGAUAGUGGACUUACACUCGUUUAUAGACACUACUGUAGUUUCCCCUACAGAAAAAUCGCACUGUUUAUCAGCAAAAUGUAUCUCUCCAAACGUGACCACAAGUGAACACGUGAACAAGUGGGUGUUUUGCAUCAUUCACAUUAUUCAUAUGCAAAAUAAAUAAUCAUGGGGAAAAACACAUUGUAUAAAAAUAUUAUAGAAACACACUCUCUCUCUCUCUCUCACACACACACAUGCGAUAAUCCUGAUACAGUAAUGUGUUGUGAUUUUUCUGUAAGGGUCCGUAUUUAGAUGAAACCACAUCAGAUCCUCACAUCACAGCUUUUAAAAUAAAAUGAAAAUAUAAUAUAAGUGUGUAAUAUUGAUUUAGGCAAUGGUUCAAAGUCUCGUGUUUUUUUACCGAAUUCUAUUUUAUUACAUUCCGUGCGCGCUCUUGUAAAUCUUUUCUCGUCAUACACGUUGUGGUAGUGCAGGAUUUAUUAUUUUUACCCACACCAUUAAAGCUUGUAUUGAAAUCCUA